UUCUCAUGAAACCUCACCAUUUUUGAUGUAUUGGCUCCACCAACUUAUUCUAAGGUUAGUAGCCAUCAAUUCAUUGGCUUUGUACCCAUUUUCUUGGGAUUAAUGAUGCAUUUCGUGAUGAAUUGAUCAAGGAGGGUUUUUUUCUCCAUUUUUGGAUCAUUUCUCAUCAUUGGAGCUUCUUUUUUUGUUGUUUGAGUGAACCAACUUGUGAUAGGUUUGUAGCUAGCAAUCCAUUUGAUUCAUAGCCUUUAUCUUAGGAUUAGUCAUUCAUUUUGUGAUGAAUUGAUCAAGGAGAGUCUCUUUUUCUUCACUUUAGGAUAAAUUCUCAUGAACACUCUUCAUGAAGUCAUCAUGGAGGCUCAUUAAAUUUUGAGGACUGGACUUCACAUAUUUGAUUCAAGAUGAAUCGAGGUUGGAUGUACGGUACAAAGGCUGGAAAUUUGGAUUUUGUCAAUGGUGUGGACUCGUUUGUGCAGACUGCCAAGGCACACAAGAAUCUACAAGAUGAUGGCUACGUGUAUUGCCCAUGCAUUGAUUGCAAAAAUCAGAAGCAGUUUGGCAAUGUUGAGCAGAUCCGCUUUCAUAUGUUAUUUAGAGGUUUUAUGCCCAACUACCAAGUUUGGAACAAGCACGGUGAGGUUGGUGAGACAAUGCACUCCGUCCAUGAGGACAGGCAUGAAACAGUGGAGGAAACAACUAACCCGGAAAUAGUAGAGGAAACCGGACAUGAAAGUGUAAAUGAAACCAUGCAGGAAACAUUAGUUGCUGAUGAUGUUGUGGAUGCACUAGACCAGAUGAUACGUGAUGCGGAACCGGACUUUCUUGACAAAAAGAAUCUGAAGAAGUUGGAGCAGAUGAGGAUAGAUGCAAGAACACCACUUUACCCAAGUUGCAGCGUGUCUAAACUUGAAGCAAAUCUGAUGCUAUUGGAGAUGAAGUCUAGUAAUGGUUUGUCAGACAAGGGAUUUGAUGAUUUGUUAAGCUUAUUGCAGAAGUUGCUGCCACGCCCUAACGGGUUGCCUGAAAACACAUACCAGGCGAAGCAAAUGAUUUGCCCAAUGGGACUGGAGGUACAAAAGAUCCAUGCAUGCCCUAAGGAUUGCAUCUUGUAUCACGGCAAAUAUGAAGACUUGGAUGCAUGUCCAGUGUGCUCAGCUUCACGGUACAAAUGUCCUGAAUCAGCAUUGUCAAUGAAAGGUGACCGCAACAAACGACCACCUGCCAAGGUCGUCUGGUAUUUUCCUAUCAUUCCUCGUUUGAAACGGUUGUUUGCAAACGCGAAGACUGCCAAGCUGAUGAGGUGGCAUGCCGAAGAUCGACUCGUUGAUGGGAAUCUCAGACACCCUGCAGAUGGUUCACAGUGGAGAGCUAUCAACUACAAAUACAAGAAUCGGUUUGCAAAGGAAAUAAGAAACAUAAGAUUCGGUUUGAGUACGGAUGGGAUGUGUCCUUUUAACAUGGUGAGCAGCAAACACAGUACGUGGCCUGUAACUCUUUGCAUAUACAACCUUCCUCCUUGGUUGUGUAUGAAGCGGACCUACAUCAUGAUGCCAUUACUAAUCCAAGGGCCAAAACAACCUGGAAAUGAUAUCGAUGUGUAUUUGGAACCACUGGUGGAUGAUCUAAUGAAGUUGUGGAACGAUGGUGUCAAGGUGUGGGAUGAGUACAAGCGAGAACACUUCACUCUGAAGGCAAUGUUGUUUGUAACAAUCACAGACCUUCCCGGCCUUGGUAGCUUAGCAGGCCAAGUAAUGAAGGGUUACAAGGGAUGUGUGGUUUGUUUGGAUGAUACCGACGCAAGAUGGUUGAAGAAUAGCAACAAAAUGGUUUACAUGGGUCAUCGUAGGUUCCUUCCAAAGGCUCACCCAUAUCGCCGGAACAAGAAAUCCUUUGAUGGUACAAGGGAUGAACGUUUACCUCCCAAGUUUCUAGAUGGGAAGGAGAUAUACAAGAAGGUUAGUAAACUAAGAGUUGUACUAGGAAAGGGCAAAGGAAGUGUACCCGCUCCAGCUGAUUCGUUGUGGAAAAAAAUUCCUUGUUCUGGAGACUCCCUUAUUGGCAGGACUUGA